ACCUCUCAUAAGCGCAGCGCAAGUGAACCCCAGGCGCUCGUCGGUUUGUCAAGAGUUUGCCCGACGUUUCCUUGCGGAUGCUCCCGAAUUCCCUUCCCAGUUUUUAUUGCAACAAACCCGGCGGUUGCUUUCCCCCGACAGUUGGCCGAGUUAGUUUUUUAGAGGAGUGUUGUUGGGCACGCCGCCCGGGGCGAGAACAUGUCAAAUGGGAAAGACGCAUCUGCGACGAACUACUCCUCACAGAUGCCCCUGAAAGAGUGCCUGGAUGAGUGCAUGGAGGCCCUGGACCUCUUCCUCAACAACCAUUUCAACGAGAGCCUGGAUAGGCUGCGGCCACGAGCAAAUGAAAGCAUGUACCAUGCUCUUAUCUACGCUACCGUGCUGGAAAUGCAGGCUAUGAUGACGUUCCAGCAUGAUGACAUCACCAACGCAGGAAACAACAUGAAGAGUGCCCAGGAGAUCUGUCAGAGGUUUCGACGGAAAUCCCAAGGUUUAGUCAACAAGUCAUCUGGGGAAUCACUUACUGAAGAGCAGCUCCAUGCUGAAGUAUGUUACGCUGAAUGCCAACUCCAAAGAGCUGCUCUCACCUUCUUACAGGAUGAGAACAUGGUGAGUUUUAUUAAGGGAGGAAUCAAAGUACGCAACAGCUACCUGAUUUACAAGGAGCUGCAUUCCUACAUUGAGUCUCGAAACUCCCUCAGAGGACCCUGCCACAUUCACUUAGAGGGAGGAAUAUCGUUUGGAAUAGGGGCAUUUAACUUGACUCUUUCUCUGUUCCCUGCACGGAUACUCAAAGUUCUAGAGUUUGCCGGUUUCUCCGGAGACAAGGAAUAUGGUCUGUCCAAACUGCAUGAUGGUGCGACAGGGAAGAACUUGCGCUCCAUGCUGUGUGCCUUGCUACUGCUCUGCUACUACACCUUCCUCACAUUCAUACUGGGGACAGGUGAAGGGGAAGCGGCCGAUGCUGAGAAGCUUCUGAAACCUUUCCGGCUCCGCUACCCACGGGGGGCAAUUUUCCUCUUCUUUGCAGGCAGGAUUGAGGAGAUCAAGGGCAACAUUGAUGAGGCGGUGGCGCUCUUUGAGGAGGGCUGCAAAGCCCAGCAGACAUGGAAGCAGUUCCACCACAUGUGCUACUGGGAGUUGAUGUGGUGCUUCACCUACAAGCGAAUAUGGAAGAUGGCCUACUUCUACGCAGACCUACUGAGCCAGGAGAGCCGCUGGUCUAAGGCCAUGUAUGUGUAUAUGAAGGCUGCUUACCUCACCAUGCUGCCACGAGAUGAAGCCAGGCCUUUUGGAGAAGACGAGGUGGAGCUGUUCCGACAAGUGCCCACUUUCAAGCAAAAGAUAGCAGGGAAGUCUCCCCCAACUGAGAAGUUUGCCAUUCGUAAAGCCAGACGGUAUAGGGCUCAGUGCCCCGUCAGGCUACCUGUGCCAGUGCUGGAGAUGAUGUACAUGUGGAACGGUUUCGCUAUGAUCAGCAAGCAACCAGAGUUGACUCAAGGGAUGAUGGAGACGUUGGCAGAAGCUGAACGCGCCCUGCUGGAGGCUCCUGGGAAUGAAUAUUCAGUGGACGACCAGUGUGUGAUUCACCUUCUGAAGGGUCUGUGUCUGAAGAACCAGGGUCAGAUGCAGGCAGCUGAGGAAUACUUUAACAAAGUGUAUACGAGUGAAAAGAAGAUCAAGUUUGACCAUUAUCUGGUGCCGAACGCUGUCCUGGAGCUCAGUCUACUCUAUAUCGACCAGGGCAGGAGGCACGAAGCUAUCAAACUACUGCACAAGGCCAAAAACAACUACAAAGAAUACUCCAUGGAAUCCCGUACUCAGUUCAGGGUGCAUGCUGCCCUGGCCAAACUCAAAGCCGACCCUGGUGACCAGGAAGAAAUAACUCAUCUGUAAACAAAAGUAAAUGUCAUCAUGAUGGACAAGACCAGAUGCCAUGGACUUUCCCUUUCCCACCAUGUUUGGUGCCCAUUUGAAUAUUGGGUGUUCUAGUGGUCUUCAGAACCUUCUAUAGACCCGUUUCCUCAUUCCCCGUGUCUGCAAUGACUCACCUAUGGACAAGAGUGCCAUCUUUUGGAGUUUGGUAUCGCUCUGGUUUUACGUGAUUGGCUUCCAAGGCAGACGCUGGUGUCCAAAUGGAGCUGGGGCUCCGAUUUAACUGCCUUUUAUUAGUCUACCUAAUUUGAGCAUAUCCAUUAUUUUAUGGAUGAGGUUUUUAUCAAUGUUUACACUAAAAAUUAAAGAACACUGGAUCUUAAGAAGUGCACUUUUAGAUUAUCUGUUAAUUGAUUUGAAUGAAUUUUAAAGGCUUUUAUGACUAUAUUGUAUAUUAGUGGGUUUAGUAUAUUGCACUUAAGCUACUACGUGAUUGAAUUCUUUUAGUAUACUGUAGUUCUUAUUAAAAUGUUGACGAAAAUUACAAAAGUACAAAGGAGCUACUCAUGAGCGCUUACUGGCAAGAGUUAACGUGUCCUGGUAGUGUAAAGGAUAUACAGUGGCUUCAGAACGUAUCCAGACCCCUUCACCUUUUGUACACUGUUGUAGGUUUUUAAUGGAUAAAACUGCCAUUUUUCCCCAUCUACACCCAAUAACCCAUGAGUGGAAAACAUGUUUAGAAAUAUGCAAACUUAUUAAAAAUCAAAAACUACAGUAUUCAGACCCUUAAUUCAGUACUUUGUAGAAGCCCCUUUGGCAGCAAUUACAGCUUUGGUCUUCUUUGCUAAUGGCUACAAGCUUUGCCGAACUGGAUUUGGGCAGUUUAUCCCAUUCUUCCCGGCAGAUCCUCUCAAGCUCCGUCAGAUUGGAUGGGAAGCGUCUGAACUGUCGUCUUCAGGUUUCUCUACAGAUGUCAUCUUCAGGUUUCUCCCCAGAUGUUCUAUGAGGUUUUAAGUCUGACCUUUGGCUGGGCCAGUCAAGGCCAGUCAGACUUGUCCCGAAGCCACUCCAGCAUUGUCUUGUCUGUAUGCUUUUAAGUGAUUGUCGUGCUAAAAGGUGGACCUUCGCCCCAGUCUGAGGUCUUGUGCAACCUGGAGCAGAUUUGCUUCGAUGACCUCUCUGGAUUUAGCUGCAUUCAUCUUUCCCUCAAUUUUGGCCAGUCUCCCCGUCUCUGCUGCUGAGAAGAGAAGCACCCCCAUAGCACGACGUUGCCACACGUUUCACCCUAGGGAUGGUAUUAACCAGGGGAUGAGCAUUGCCUGGUGUUUGCCAGACCUAGUGCUGUAAGUUCUGUCCCAGAGUUAAGUUUUUGUCUCAUCAGACCAAAGAAUCUUUUUCCUCAUGUUCUGAGUCCUUUAAAUGUAAUUUGGUAAAGUGGGCUGUCCGAUCCCUUUCACUGGAGUGGCUUACGGUCUAGCCACUCUACCAUUAAGGCCUGAUUGAUGGAGUGCUGCUGAGAUGGUUGUCCUUCCAGCAGGUCUUCCCAUCUCCACAGAGGACUUCCGAAGCUCUGUUAUACCCACUUUCACACUGACCAAAAAAACCCACUACCAUCCGCCUUUGGUCAAUGUAAAAAGGCGGAUGUUAGCGGGUUUUUUUGGCCAGUGUGAAAGGGGUAUUAGAGUGACUUGAGUUUUUGGCUACCUCCCUGACAAGGCCCUUACUUGGUUACUCAGUUAGGCCAAACAGCAAACUCCAGGAAGAGCCCUUAAUUAUUGAGGCCAGUGUGCUCCUGGGAACACUCAAAGCUUUAGAAAUGGUUUUAUACCCUUGCUCUGAUCUAUGCCUCACCACAAUUUUAUCGUGGAGGUCUAAAGAGAGUUCCUUGGACUUCAGGGUUUGGUUUUUGGUCUGACUGACAUGCAAGGGGAAUUGUGGGACCUUGUAUACACAGGUGUUUGCCUUUCUAAAUCAACUUGCCACAGGUGAACUCCAAUUCUAGACGUCUCAGGGAUAAUUAAAGCAAACAGGAUCCACCUGACCACAAUUUGGGAGUGCCCUGGCAAAGGGCCUGAAAACUUUUUUUUGAUUUUUAAUUUGCAAAAAUUUCAAAAAAGAUGUUUUCACUGUCAUUACAGGUUAUUGAGUGUGGAUUGAUGGGGGGGGGGGUAUGGCAAUUUUAUCCAUUUAAAAUUAAAUCAACACAGUGUGCGAAAAGUGAAGGAGUCUGAAUACUUUAUAAAGCCACUGUAUAGCAACUGUUCACUCUUCUGUUUGCAUUUGUCUGUAUUCUGCUCUGGACUGGUAUAUGCACUUUCUAAAGACUUUUGCUGAAUAUUCAAAAGAAUAUUACACCAGUAAUACACCGCUUCUUACACGAUGCCAAAAGUAACAUCCGUCUGUAGGUCAUCAAUGUUAACCUCACCUUGGUUUGGAUGUAUUUAGAUAAA